AUGCUUGUGCUGGACAAGUUGAGGACCAAGAUUGGCAUCAUAAAUAACGGUUUAAAUGGUCUUUACAUACGAAAAUUCGCUGGCAUAUUGUCAGUUGAGCGGUCUGAACAGUUAAAAGAAUGCGAAAACAAGAAGAAAAAUCUGGUAAAGAUGUUACAUGUGAAAGCUCAAGGACAGACCCGCAAACACAAAACAACAAACGAAACGUUUCCCACCUUUCCCAACGUGUCAAUCCCUGGAUCAAACCUGUCUACACCCACAAGUCUUAAACUGCUAGGCACAAAAAAGAUGAAAUGGUACAAUUAA